GAAACAUAUACCCCCUCUUACGCUCCUCCUUUACACACUUUGCUGCUUGCUGUCAUGCCUCACUCGAGUGGUCCGGGUAGCGCGGGCGGUGCUGGCGGCGCCGGCGGAGAGGAGGCAGACAACCAGCUGCCGGGACUGCCUCUGGUGCUGGACAUGCAGAUGGCAAGGCUGUCGCCAAAGCGACAGUCGUCUGCUGGACGGCGGCGAGUGUCGCCGGCUGGACGGCGGCAGAGGGCGUCGCCUGUGGCAAGUGGGCCAGGCGCAACGACUGGCGCAGGUAGUGUGCUCGGCGAGCCGGUCCCGAUCUUUGCCCCACCGACGGUGCCCAAGUGGGUCGAGGCUGCACGGGGCAGCGGCGAAGGCCAGACUGGUGACAACGGGGCCGAUGCUGGCGGACCAAGCCUCACUAUCGCCCGCACCUGGCUGAUGGAGCACGCCCGGCUGCUCGAGUCCAAGGCCAAGCUCGAGCGGCGGGUGGAGGAGAUGGUCGAGUCAUCGCACGACGGAGACGCACUGCUCGCCGAGAUUCGGACCCUAACCGACCGAGUCAUCUCGCUUGAGACGGCCAACCUGGAGCUCCGGGUCCGCUCCAAGCGGCUGAACGAGGCCGAAGAGCUUGCCGCCCGCGCCCAGGCCGAGCGCGAGGAGAUCCGCCGCAUUCACGGCGAGCUAUCGCAGCAGAUGGACCAGCUCUCGGCCCGUAACGAGGCCGUUGUCUCGGCGUUCAAGGUUGUCCUUGAUCGCGAAAAGGCCGGCCUGGUGUCGCUGGAAGAAACCACAACUGAACUCGAAACGGUCCGCAACGAGUUCCAGGCGGCCCAGGUGGAGAUCGGCGAGCUCGAAGCCGACCUGGCCGAUGCCAAGGCGCUUGUUGACACCAUUCCACAGCUCAAGACAAAGCUUGCCGAGGCUCGCCACGAGCUGGACGCUGUCACCGCCCAGCGCGACCGCGCCACUUCCCGCUUUGCUGCCAUCCGCAAAGACCACGAGGCGCUUCGUGAGCAGCACUCGGAACUCCACGCCUCGCACAGCACACUCAAGACCGAGGCUGCAACGACAAUGACUGAGCUGCGGAAACUCAAGCACUCGCUCUGGUCGCGCGAUGUCGAGUACCGCGAGCUCAAGCGGUCGCUACGGGCCGCCCGCGAAGAUGCCGCCGCCGCCCGCAAGUCGGCUGCCGCCGCCGCAAAGAAGCACAAGGCCGCGUUCAAGGACGCAACACGAUACUCGGAGGAGGAGAUGGCGGCGACGCGGACCAUGCUUGACGACGCGCGCGCCAAGCUUGUCACCGCAACAACCAACACCAAGGCCAUGCACGCGCUACUUGCCCCGCUGGUGGACGCGGUGCUCGACGAGGUUGAUGCUGGCGGCGCUGUGCCGCCGGCAGUGGCUGACCUCGCCGAGGCUGCACACUCCUCUCUUGUCCGCUACGCCGACGGCGAGUGGGUCUCCGCCUCAGACUCGGACUCGGACGACGGGUUUGGUGCAGCUGUCGUCGGCCCGGGCUCGUUUACCCAGUCGUCGGUCGACGGCUACAUCUCGCGCAACCCUUACGGCUCGCCGUCGCCCAAGGCCCGAUCGCCCGUCCGCCGCCUCCCGCUCCGGCCCGUCGCCUCCUCGCCGGUCUUUGUCCCGUCCAACACCUCAAAUCCCAAGUGUCGCCAGCGCAACUUUCUCCCGCAUCGCGCCGUCCACUCGCAACAUCCCUCAACCCUAGGCGGGACUGCUGACAAGACGGUGCGGAUCUGGAACGUGGCUACCGGAACGCUGGAGAGAGUACUGGAGGGCCAUGUGAUGGGGGUGUCGGACGUGGCCUGGGACGCCCGGUCAAAGUAUCUGGUGACGGCGUCGGACGAUAAGACGCUCAAGAUCUGGGACGUAGCUACGGGCGAGAUGCUCAAGACUCUCGAGGGCCACGUCAACUACGUCUUCUGCUGCAACUUCAACCCGCAGUCGACGCUCAUUGUUUCGGGCUCAUACGACGAGUCGAUUCGGGUGUGGGAUGUGAGCACGGGCAAGUGCCUGCAAGCGCUGCCGGCCCACUCAGACCCGGUUGUGGCCGCCCACUUUAACCGCGACGGCACGCUCAUUGUCUCGGCCUCGUUUGACGGCCUCAUCCGCAUCUGGGAUGCGUCAACCGGUCAGUGCCUCAAGACACUCAUCGACGACGACUGUGCCCCGGCAUCGUUUGUCAAGUUUUCGCCCAACGGCAAGUACAUCCUCGCCGGCACCCUCGACAACGCGCUCCGUCUGUGGAACUACACCACCGGCAAGUGCCUCAAGACCUACCGUGGACACGUUAAUGAGAAGCUGGCGGUCUUCUCUACCUUUUCGGUCACCUCGGGUACCUGGAUCGUCUCGGGCUCCGAGGACGGCUCGGUCUACCUGUGGGACCUGCAGACCAAGGCUGUCGUCCUCAAGCUCGAGUCGCACACCGCACCCGCUCUGGGUGUUGACGCGCACCCGACCCGCAACAUCAUCGCCUCGUCGGCGGCAGAGCCGGACUGCAGCAUCAAGCUUUGGGUCCAGCCCGAGCCCGAGCCCGCGGGCGACGACGGCGGGGUGGCGGCCAUGACGACCGAGUGA